AUGGCAAAGAUGAAUGCUUUUCCUUCUCCUAUUGUGAUCAUACUGUUAGCCGGUUUCACCAUCCAACUGGCUAAUGCCACCGUUCCAGCCAUCUUCAUAUUUGGGGACUCGACAGCAGAUGUUGGGACAAAUAGCUACUUGCCAGGCAGCUGGGCCCGAGCAGACUUCCCUCACAAUGGCAUUGACUUUCCCUACUCAAGACCUACUGGGAGGUUCAGUAAUGGCUUAAACAGUGCUGAUUUUCUCGCCAAGCUAAUGGGGUUUAAGAGAAGCCCAUCACCCUUCUUAUUUCUUAUUACCCUGCCAUCCGGCCUCCAGAAGCUUAAAUUCAGAGGUGUCAACUUUGCUUCAGGAGGAUCCGGCCUCCUUGACAUUACUGGACAAUCCAAACAACAGAAGGUUGUUCCCAUGUCAGAGCAGAUCCAGCAGUUUGUCACAGUUCGCAACAAUAUUACUGCUUCUAUGGGCCCCAAGGCAACAGAAGAGUUCCUCGGAAAAUCCUUCUUCGGCAUCAGUAUUGGGAGCAAUGACAUAUUCAGCUAUUUCUGGGCUAAUAGUACCAUGCCUAAGGAACAAUUCAUUGCUAUUUUGAUGAGCUCAUAUGAGGCCUACAUAAAGGUUCUAUACGGCCUUGGAGCAAGGAAAUUUGGCAUCAUAAGCGUUCCUCCAGUAGGCUGUUGUCCAUCUCAAAGGACUCUGGAUCCUGCCGGGGGUUGUCUAGAGGGCAUGAACGAUUUUGCUCGAGCUUUCUAUUCGGCGUUAGACACCCUGCUUUGUAACCUCACCUCAGAGCUUCCGAAGAUGAAGUACUCACUUGGAAACACGUAUGAAAUGACCAUGAACGUUAUAAAACAUCCUCAUCGCUUCGGUUUUAAGGAUGUGGAGACAGCAUGCUGUGGUGGAGGAAACCUAAAUGCACAACUUCCUUGUAAUGCAACAGCGAAUCUAUGUAUGAAACGCAACGAAUACCUAUUCUGGGAUAUGUUCCACCCGACACAUACUGCUUCUCAGCUGGCAGCUGUAACACUCUAUGAUGGUCCCCCGAGAUUUGUUUCCCCAAUUAACUUCCAUCAAUUAGUGGAGGACAAUUAG